AUGGCUGAUUUCGACAAUAAUCCAACGUCUCUCUACAGUGUCAAAGGCCUAGUUAUACUUGAUCAAGACGGUAACCGAAUUCUUGCAAAAUAUUAUGAUCGUACUCACUUCGGGACUACCAAGGAUCAGAAAGCUUUCGAAAAAAACAUGUUCCAGAAGACUAGUCGGAACACAUCAUCCGAAAUUCUUCUUCUUGAUGGUGUUACAUGUCUCUAUCGCUCAAAUGUAGAUCUCUAUUUCUAUGUUCUUGGAAAUGCUCGCGAAAAUGAGAUCAUCCUUGAAAGUGUUCUCACUUGCCUCUACGACUCAGUUUCGACUUCGUUGAGAAAGAACGUCGAGAAAAAAGCUUUCAUCGAGGCAAUGGAUACAAUGAUGCUUGUGAUUGACGAGAUCUGUGAUGAAGGAAUUAUUCUCGAAACCGAUGCCUCCGCUGUGGUUCAAAGAUGCGCAUUGAAGGCCGACGAAGUCUCGUUUUCCGAUCAAUCUUUCUCACAGGUUGGAAUGUCGUUUAUCGAAUCAGCUAACAAGCAAUUCAAAUGGUCCCUUCUCAAGUAA